AUGGAGUCUCCGAUCAAUCCGGCAGUGUGGAAGUUUCUCUUCCAUGGCACCGUUGCCGCACUGUCCGCUGCCUCUCUUUUCUCGCUGUAUCAUGAGCGCCAUAAUAUUCUUUGUUCUCUUGAUACCCCCUUCACAGCUCUUCGUAAGGCAAAGACGGACGAGGAGCGUGCUGCAGCGGCUGAGGUCAUUCUUAACAAGCUAAAGGAAGAUGCAGCUCAAAAGAAGGACUCGUCGAGGAUGUCCGCAAUGCGGCAUGGGGGGACGCUGUUGCGCCUUGCCACUCUUAGCAAGGACGGCUCGAAUGUGGUGGGGGUAAGCAUGGCAAUUAAAGCCAUUGUUCGUGUCUUUGGCGCUGACGCGGAAGGCUGCCGCAAGUUAUACAUGCUGGGUGGCUACCGCACGCUGUUAACGACACUGAGCGAGGCACAUCGUCAAGGACAACAGGCGCUCAUGGAGGAAAUAGCGCAGGCUUUACAAACACUUACACAAGUCAACGAUGCAGAAGUGGUUUUGGAGACCGACGUGCCACCGGGCUCGGAGGGGGCCUAUGCAUUGGCCUGCAUCCCUGCAACAGUGAAGAUGCUGCGUCUUCUCGAUCCACAGAGCCCCAUCCUUUUCCUGGAUGCACUCACAGGAAUAUUUGCGAAUGUCUGUGCAUUGCGCGUGGGGGCAUUGGCUGUGGGGCGGGGUGUUGAAGGGCGAAGCGGUAUGUCAUACUUUCUUCGUUUGCUGGAGCACAGCAAUCAGGGUGUGGUUGAGCACUGCGUUCUCAACAUCCGUUAUCUCGCUCGCGCCGGGAUCGGCCACGAGGAAUUAGCGGAAGAGGACAACUUGCAGCGCCUCGCCGAGCAUCUCAGUGUCAAUGGUGACCCACGCGUUACGAAUUCCAUUCUCACCAUCGUAUUACUCAUGUGCGACAGCCAUCACGGCGCAAAGUUCUUUACGUGCUUGGCGGAUAAAACAGACAUCAUUUCAGGCUUAUUUGAGAUAUGGUGCCGCGCCUCAGAGAAGAUGCUGCGUGACCGGGCUGAAAUGCUGGUACAACUCCUCGCCCGCGUGCCGCAGUGCACUGCCGCGGUGCAGAGACUCCUCGAGCGGUACCGCGUGCAAAUUGCUGAACGCCGUGCCAAGGACGAAGAGGCGCGACGCAAGCAACUGCAGCAGAUGCGACAAAGCCAAAUGAUGCAGCAAAUGAUGAUGGAGAACAUGGGCAUGGGCAUGGGCGGCGGUGAGGGGUGGUGGUGA